GCAAUGGUUGAUGGAGUGGAGCGCCCACGCGAGAAGCUGAGCCGAGAACUGUUGGUGCAUUCAGAGUUCUGGAGAGCAGAUCCAGCCUCCCUGAACGCAACCCCUCCAUGGCGACCCUUUGACCGGUCAGUGACAGUGGUCGCGCUCGAGCGCCCAGAGGAUGGCGGCCUUCUACUCCGAGUCCUGCCUAACGUUGUUGCGCGGCAGCGGGUCGUGUCUGGGGAGAGUGAACCAGGGAGUCUCUCUGCCUCGCUGAGUUUCGGGGUGGAGGAGGACUGGGAGCUUCCAGCAGAGCCUGCCUGCGAUGCCUUCGUCUCCAGGCUCAAGGCAUCGCCUCACCAAACUGUUUGUGGAGGGCACUGCGUCAUUUGUGCAGAAGACAUAGUCGAGUAUGGGACUCCUGUCGUCACGCUGAACUGUCAGCACGUUUUCCACGAGGACUGCAUUCGACGCUGGCUUACACGCCGACACACAUGCCCGACAUGCAGGUUGGAGCUGGAGGUGGAUGAUGUCAGGUAUUUGCGAAGCAUUGGCCUUAAAGAGGAGGCUGAUGCUUUAGAGAAGGUCAAGCAAGAGCGCAUGGCGCAAGAGCAGCAACAGCAGGCAGCAGAGCGACGUAGAUGGGUAGAGUCUAUGCGUCGCGGAGAGCCUGUUCACUUUGGUUUAGUUUGUGGUUCUUGCUCCGUAUCUCCAGUCGUGGGAGAUUGCUACCGUUGCAAGGACUGUGAGGACUUUGUUUUGUGCCGCUUGGCCCGGCUUAGCUUUGUGCAAUUAAAGAAUCACCCCAACAAAAACAAAUUCAGACAUUACCAACAUACAAUGGAGGAAAAAGUUGCUUCUAGGAUUCAGGAGGCUUGGUGCUCUGCUGGCCGAGGUGGCGAAUGCUACAAGAGCCGUGAGGACGGGCAGAGUCGGAACACAUUUGUACCAUUAUCCCAGCUAGGGUUUUGUCUUUGA